AACUCUUAAAUUAUAUUCAAUUAAUUUUUUUCUUUUUCUAAAAAACCUCUUAUUUUGUCUUUUAUCACCAAAUGCAUUUACAUACAUACACUGAUAGACACACACAUUCACAUAUUUUAUAUACGCGUUUUACGUCCAUACACUGAUGAUAUACGCAUACUUGCUUGUUGGAUUGUUUACUUAAUAUCUCAGCUUCUUCUUGUUACUGUCUCACUUUAGGGUUUUUAAUUUUUGUUGGUCUCUUUGUUUAGGGUCUCUUUUUCGUUUCUUCUUCGUCUAUUUAUUAUAUAUAUAUAGACACAAAAACGAGAGUUGUAAUUAGAAAGGAAAUGGAGUCUGCAAACAUCUUAAGAUCCGAUGAAGAUUGUCGCAGCUGUGAAUCUGGAUGGACGAUGUAUUUAGCCUCACAGUCUCAUGAUCAUAAUCACGACGGCUGUUACUAUGACGAUGAUGAUGAAGAAGAAGAAGAAGAUAGCGAUGGUGGUGAUUCGAUGGAUUCUGAUGCAUCUUCUGGUCCCAUGGAAGCCACAUGUCUCAAACUUGCCCAAGAGAUUGAGGAGCAAAACUCUGUAAUGAAGAAGAAGAAAAAGACUAAUGAAGAGAUGGUUUUGGUGGAGACGACUAGGGUUCACAACAACGUCAAUGAUGAUGAAGAUGAUAUUGAUGGAGAUAAUCAUGAUUAUGAUGAUGCUAAUGAUAGCUACAGUGUAGUUCAUAGCUACGUUGGUUCUGUUAGACAAAAAGGGUUAGUUUGAUUUUAUAUAUUGACUUUGUGUCUAUGUUUAUUCAAGUGUUAUGUUCAAUUCCAAUGUUAUUUUUCUUACAUGAUCCCAAAUGUUAUGUCCUUUUGUUUUAAUUAUGAAAAAAAUAAAUAUCUCUA